AUGGACGAAGACUUGCACAACAAUGCUGAGGUGGUCGAGGAGACUACUACAGAACAAGCUGCCGAUGUUGACAUGGCCGGCGCCACAGAGACAGAACAAAAUACCGAGGCUCAGGAGCUUCCCUUCGCCGAGGGCGGCGAGAGCGAACCUGUCGAACCGCGCAACACCUUCGUCAGCUACCUCGCCAGUCCCAUUGUCUCCUUGUUAGUCGGACAGAACGACACGGAGGCCAUUCUCACAGCCCACCAGGCCCUCCUCGUCCAGAGCCCUUACUUCAAGGAGGCGUGCGCACAGUUCAGCGACGACGGCAGUCCGCGCCAAGUCGAACUCGUUGGCGAGGAACUAGAUGCCGUCGGCUGCUUCCUCGAAUACCUGUACACCGGCGAAUACUUCCCCCGCAAGAUCGCCGGCACGCGCACCCUCGAGGCCGACCCUGCUACGCCGGACGUUGACUCGGACGGCACACAGUUGCUGAAGCAUGCGCGGGUGUAUACUCUGGCGGAGAAGUUCGGCAUGCCGGGCCUGCGCUCGCUCGCCAGCUCCAAGAUUCACUGCGUCAAUUCGACGGCCAAGGGAGAGAUUGCCUAUGCCCGCUACGUAUACGCGUACACCAGCAAGGAGGACAGCACGAUCCGCGCGCCCGUCGCGAGCUUCUGGGCCACACGAUCCCACACACUCCGUGCCGAGGCCGAGGAGGAAUUCCGUUCUCUAUGCUUGGAGUACCCUCAAUUCGGAUACGAUGUGCUUACCCGUGUUCUUGACGAGAAACUCAAGAGGGAGAAAAACGAUAAGCUACAGCCGUCGUCUACUACUGGAAGCGCUCGUAAGCGUGCGCGGCACAGCCAGAUCUGA